GAACUCACAAUACCACCGCGUCUCCCAUCUAUUUAUAUACACAAUGCGUGCCCAAUCUCCCCUUACCAUAGCACAAUACCACACCAAGAACGUUAUCUACUCCCCUUCCAAAUGGCAACAAUAUCAAGCAUUAGCCUCUCGACCCCAAGAACCGUGCCCAAGUCGGCCGAGCCGCAGAAGCUGUCCGCCUCCGCCUCCCCACAGCUGAAUUAUCCAUGGAGGAGGACCUACCAGCUCGGGGCUCGCCGCCGCAUGGUGAUGGCCUCCGCUGCCCCGGAGAAGAUAGAGGAUAAGGUGGCCGAAAGCAUAAAGGAAGCGGAGGAGGCAUGCUCCGGCGACCCCGCGAGCGGCGAGUGUGUGGCCGCAUGGGAUGAGGUGGAGGAGCUGAGCGCGACGGCGAGCCACCUUAGGGACAAGAAGGUGGCAUCGGAUCCCCUAGAGACUUACUGCAAGGACAACCCGGAGACCGCCGAAUGCCGUACAUACGAAGAUUGAUAUCUAUCCGCUAUACCCCUCGCCAUGUCCUUGAGAUGAUUAAUUUCAGUUCUGGUAUAUGUGCUGUGAGAAUAGUGAUACCUUGUUGUACUUUCAUCAGAUGUACCUUGCACCACUGGAUUUUAUUGGUGACAGCCUGAAUACAUGCUAAUGAAUAUGCGUAUUCUUCUAUAACA